CUGCAAAUAGAUAAACGCGCAGCAAGAAGAGGCCACAACACAACGGAAGUGUUUCCAGGGGACAGCUAAAAGUGAUGCACACUGCUGCCACAAAAACGUCCAAUACACCAUAGAAAUUCGGUUCCACACAGGGUUCGGCCACCCGCGGCUCUUCAGCCCCUCUGCAGUGACUGUACAGUUCAAUGUUGUGCAUAUGUUUAGCGAACGCUGAACUUAACGAAUCAGUUUUCAUAUUAUUAACGUGAACGUAACGAUGAACAUGAGUGAACAUCACGUACAUUUUUUAAAUUAUCAUCGUAUCAGGCCAUCAUGAAAUACCAGGAGCGUGUGUGUGUGUGUGUGUGUGUGUGUGUGUGUGUGUCCUUGCUUGGUAUCUUUGGGUGUGUUUCUUGAACAGACUGGUUUGUCCUGAUUCCUGUGACCUCAGUGUUUCCUCUCAGGCUGAAGAUGAGUGGUUAUGAGGAGAAAGAGGAGGACAGAGCAGAGAGAGAGAGAGAGAGAGACAGACAGAGAGAGAGAUAAGUCCGGUGUGUUUCCUCCUCUGACCUGUUCUCACUUUACACUUUAUCAAUAACAGAGUUAUUAGGACACUUUGAUCGAGUUGAUCGAUCUCCAGUACCUGCAGAGAGGGGGAGGAGCCAGUGAAAGUGUUCAGACUGGUUCUAACUUCAAGGAGCAGACGGAGGAGACGUGAAGUCUGAAGCUGACUGGUUUGUCCUGAUUCCUGUGACCUCAGUGUUUCCUCUCAGGCUGAAGAUGAGUGGUUAUGAGGAGGAAGAGGAGGACAGAGCAGAGAGAGAGAGAGAGAGAGACAGACAGAGAGAGAGAUAAGUCCGGUGUGUUUCCUCCUCUGACCUGUUCUCACUUUACACUUUAUCAAUAACAGAGUUAUUAGGACACUUUGAUCGAGUUGAUCGAUCUCCAGUACCUGCAGAGAGGGGGAGGAGCCAGUGAAAGUGAAAGUGUUCAGACUGGUUCUAACUUCAAGGAGCAGACGGAGGAGACGUGAAGUCUGAAGCUGACUGGUUUGUCCUGAUUCCUGUGACCUCAGUGUUUCCUCUCAGGCUGAAGAUGAGUGGUUAUGAGGAGGAAGAGGAGGACAGAGCAGAGAGAGAGAGAGAGAGAGACAGACAGAGAGAGAGAUAAGUCCGGUGUGUUUCCUCCUCUGACCUGUUCUCACUUUACACUUUAUCAAUAACAGAGUUAUUAGGACACUUUGAUCGAGUUGAUCGAUCUCCAGUACCUGCAGAGAGGGGGAGGAGCCAGUGAAAGUGAAAGUGUUCAGACUGGUUCUAACUUCAAGGAGCAGACGGAGGAGACGUGAAGUCUGAGGCUGAGUUAUUAGGACACUUUGAUCGAGUUGAUCGAUCUCCAGUACCUGCAGAGAGGGGGAGGAGCCAGUGAAAGUGAAAGUGUUCAGACUGGUUCUAACUUCAAGGAGCAGACGGAGGAGACGUGAAGUCUGAAGCUGUCUGAAGAUGAGUGGUUAUGAGGCGGACGAGGACAGAGCAAAGUCUCCAGUGUCCAUCUUUUGUUCUCUGAAGAGUGACUGGUCCAUGGGACAUCCUCUAAACUUCAGUAAAGAACCUGGACCCUCACACACAAAGGAGAGGAGGAGGAGUCAUGUUUCUGAGGAGGAGCAGUCGUCCUGCUGUGCUUCGUGUCAGGACGUCCUGAAGGAUCUAGUCUCCACCAGUUGUGGACACUGGUUCUGCAGACAGUGCAUCACCUCAUACUGGGACCAGUCUGGUUCUUCUGGAGACUCCUUGUGUCCCCAGUGUGGACAAAGAUCCAGAACAGGAGCUGGAGGUCAGACAGCCGAUCGUGGUCUGCAGGAGGUUUCAGAUGAACAUAAGCUCAGUGUGAGGAGGAGAUGUGAACAUGUGACUGAAGGAAGUGAUGAAACAGGAAGUAGAACCCUCCUCAACAGGAUCUACACUGAGCUCCAGAUCACAGAGGGACAGAGUGAAGAGGUUAAUACUCAACAUGAGGUGAGGCAGCUUGAGACGGCUUCCAAGAUGAAGAUCCUCCACGACACUCCCAUCAAGGUCCACGACAUCUUUAAAGCCUCCACUGACCAGCAGAGCAGCAUCAGAGUCGUCCUGACCAACGGAGUCGCUGGAGUUGGAAAAACCUUCUCGGUGCAGAAGUUCACUCUGGACUGGGCAGAGGGUUUAGAGAACCAGGAUGUGGGUCUGCUGGCUGUGCUUUCGUUCAGGGAGCUGAACCUGGUGAAGGACCAGCAGCACAGUCUUCUCACGCUGCUCCAUGUUUUCCAUCCAGCGUUACAGAAGCUCACUGCAGAGACGCUCGCUGUCUGUAAACCUUUGUUCAUCUUUGACGGCCUGGAUGAAAGCAGACCUUCUCUGGACUUCAACCACAGGGAGCUUGUGUCUGAGGUCACACAGAGGUCAUCAGUCAACGUGCUGCUGACAAACCUCAUCCGGGGGAAUCUGCUUCCCUCGGCUCUCGUCUGGAUAACCUCCAGACCUGCGGCGGCCAAUCAGAUCCCUCCUGCAUGUGUUGACAGGGUCACAGAAGUACGAGGCUUCACUGAGGCCCAGAAGGAGGAGUACUUCAGGAGGAGGUUCAGUGAUGAAGAGCUGUGCAGCAGAAUCAUCUCACACAUCAAGACGUCCAGGAGCCUCCACAUCAUGUGUCAAAUCCCAGUCUUCUGCUGGAUCAGUGCUACAGUUCUGGAGCACAUGUUGACCACAGACCAGAGAGGAGAGCUGCCCAAGACCCUGACUGACCUGUACUCACACUUCCUGCUGGUUCAGACAAAGAGGAAGAACAACAAGUACGGUGAGGAACAUGAGACGAGUCCACAGCAGCUGACGGAGGCUGACAGGGACGUUCUCCUGAAGCUGGGGAGGCUGGCACUUAAACAUCUGGAGGAAGGAAACAUCAUGUUCUACCAAGAAGACCUGGAGCGGUGUGGUCUUAAUGUCACAGAGGCCUCGGUGUACUCAGGAGUUUGUACUGAGAUCUUCAGAAGAGAGUGUGAGAUCUUCCAGAAAUCAGUCUACUGCUUUGUUCAUUUGAGCGUUCAGGAGUUUCUGGCUGCAGUCUACAUGUUCCACUGUUACACACACACAGAACAACUCAACAACUUCUUGAGAACAUAUGGGGACACAGACAGAACCUUCUACCUGGAUGACCUCCUGAAGAGAACCAUGGAGAAAUCCCUCACCAGUACAAAUGGUCAUCUGGACCUGUUUGUUCGCUUCCUUCACGGCCUCAGUCUGGAGUCCAACCAGAGAGUCUUAGGAGGCCUGCUGGGUCGGACAGGGAACAAUCCAGAGAUCAUCCAGAGAGUCAUCAACAACCUGAAGGCGAUGAAGAGUGGUAACAUUUCUCCUGACAGAAGCAUCAACAUCUUCCACUGUCUGACUGAGAUGAACGACCACUCAGUUCAUCAGCAGAUGAAACAGUUCCUGACGUCAGAGAACAGAUCAGAGGAGAAACUCUCUGAGAUCCACUGCUCAGCUCUGGCCUACAUGCUGCAGAUGUCAGAGGAGGUUCUGGAUGAGUUGGACCUGAAGAAGUUCAACACAUCAGACCAGGGUCGAUGGAGACUGAUCCCAGCUGUGAGGAACUGCAGGAAGGCUCGACUCCGUGGUUGUGAACUCUCAGAGACUCACUGUGAAUUCGUGGCCUCAGCUCUGAAGUCAGACCCCUCACAUCUGAGAGAACUGGAUCUGAGUGGAAACAAGCUGCUGGACUCAGGAGUGAAGCUGCUGUGUUCUGGACUGGAGAGUCCAAACUGUCGACUGGAGACUCUGAGGUUGAGGAGCUGCAGUCUGUCAGAGAUCAGCUGUUCUUCUCUGGCUUCAGCUCUGAGGUCAAACCCCUCUCAUCUGAGAGAACUGGAUCUGGUUAAUAACAACCUGCAGGACUCAGGAGUGAAGGAGCUGUGUGGUUUUCUACAGAGUCCAACCUGUCGACUGGAGACUCUGAGGUUGAUGAACUGCAGUCUGUCAGAGAUCAGCUGUUCUUCUCUGGCUUCAGCUCUGAGGUCAAACCCCUCUCAUCUGAGAAAACUGGAUCUGAGGUUCAACAACCUGAAGAACUCAGGAGUGAAGGAGCUGUUUGAUCUAAAGAAGAGUCCAACCUGUCGACUGGAGGAUCUGAGGUCAGUAGAUGGUUGGAGUCAGUCCACGCUGCUUUCAUCAGUAUUUUACUAAACAAACUUUCAGGUUCAGUUGAGCUGAUCUCAGAAAGAUCUCCUGGACAUGUUGAAGUGUCUUCAGGCCUCAGUGUUUCCUCAGUGAAGCUGUGAGAGGACAAUGAGGACAGACGUCAGGAUUGGACAGAGACACAGAGAGACAACAGUCGGCCAAUCAGACGAGCCACAAGCUGCUUGGGAUCAUGUGAUUGAGUUGACGUGAAGACGACAGUUGUUGUUGUUUUCAUGUGAACAGGAAGUGAAGCUGGACCACAGCUGACAGCCUCACACGAGGGACAGAGACGGUGUCGUCUUCAUCUGAUCUGAGACAGUUUGUCCUCUCACUUCAUCAGUGAAGAACUGAUCAGGUGGAUCUUUGUCACAGCUCUGAGAUCAGUGGGACUGAAGCCUCUCCUCAUCACAUGGUAACCAGGAGCUCUUUAUACAGAGCAGAACCUCUGCUGAGGUCCAUCUGUCUCCUCUGGUCCCAGUUUGUCAGAAGCAGAUGUUCAUCAACACACAGUGAAACAUGGCUUCACCUGUAACAGCAGUAAAUCCACCUCUCAGGUGUCCACUCUGCACUUUGACAUGCAGAGGACACACACUGAGCUCUUAGCAUGUUCAUUCCAACACGUGAACAUGAAGCAGAGAGGAAGCUGCUCCACCUCUGAACAGGACUGAAGUCCCUGCUGCUCUUUCUACUGGAUGAGCUGCAUCACUGACUCACAGCUGAUGAAGUGAGUCUCUGUAACACUGAUGUCUUCUUCUCUCAACAGGUGGAGCUGGUU